UUUGUCCUUCUCCGACGCUGCCGUGCAGUCCCAGUGGUGGAUGGAGUGCGUUUCCAACUGGAUCGCCGAGUCUGGUGUGCUGUCCGAGAGCCAGGUUUCCGUGAGGACGCAUCCAUUCACAAAUCUGGGAUUCUUAUCUGGGGAGCAAUGAGAGGCCACUUCUCUGUCGUUGUGUUGUUAAUCUCAGGGACCUGCUUUGCUGCAGAAUACACUGAAGUAACUGGCUAUGAAGGAAGAAGUUUAAGGAUCAACUGUCAUUACCCUCCAGGCAGCGAGGAACCGGGCAAGUAUUUCUGCCGACUCCAGGGCUUCCCCUGUCCCGACCUCAUUCGCACAACUGUCAAGAAUUCCUGGGAUGUACAAGGACGCUUUGCUUUGUUCGACAACACCAGCGCCCGAUUUUUCACCUUAGAGAUCUUCAGUCUCCAUGUGAACGACUCGGGGAAGUACUGGUGUGGGGUGGACAUCAGCCUGCGUCCAGAUGUCAUAAGUGGAGUGCAAAUUACUGUCAAAGGUGUGAAAAAAAACAGGACUAGUGAAUUCACAAUACAGAAUACAGUGGAAAUCAGCAGUCCUGCCAUAACAGUGGACCAGACAGUGGACAAUGGACCAGACAACAGACCGCAACAAUCUCACUUCAGGUUCUUGGCGGUGAUUAUCAUGACAUGUGUGGGAAUGCUAUUCUUUGUGUGCGUGUUCAGUUUGGUUCAUGUACUCAAACGGAUCAACAGCUGCAACCUGUCAGUUUCUGCCUCCUACAAUCUCAGAGACAAUCAGAAAUCAGACCCAGAACAUACAGAGGAUGACUAUGUGAGAAUGAAACCUGGUGUGGGUCGGGUUCACUCACCUGCAGCCGAGGAUAAAAAUUCACCUUCAUCAGAACCUUACUCGAGCCUACCCACGCCUCAAACAGGUGCAACGGUGGCCAACAUGAGCCGCCCUGAGAUAGACCCAUACUAUUUAGAUCCAUUCCCUGUAAUAAAUACGGAUCUAGUUUCAGAAUACAUAGAUCCAAAUGCACACAGACUCGGCAGUGUGUAUGAAAACCUCAAGGCCGAUUCUAUCCAAGAGCCAGUCUAUCAGACCGUAGACCUCACAUAAGGCUAAUGUAAAAGCAGUUGCUGGUAAUGUUGUUUUGGUGGUAUUUUAUUUUAUGGUACAGUAAGGACCUGAUAUGUAAUAAGUAAAGCUGUAGCAGGGCCAUUGGCUCAGUAUGUAAAGGUCCAGGGCUCAGUCCAGUUCAUUGUAGGGUUGUUUUGGGGUCUCCUGAUUCAGGUAAGAAUGUGAGGAUCUACACAUCAACAAACUUGCAGGAAUUCAGCAUUCGGCAUUCGUUAUUGUUGUGUUAAAAAGAAAGCCGUAAAAAAGAGGGGAAAAAGGUGAAAGUGUAAAAAGUGUCCUAAUGCUAUUCUUAAAGUCCUUUGACAAUAUAAAGACCUCUUUCCCCACAUCCACCAUCACUUCCCCAUGUCUCCUCUCAAAAGUCCUGCUAACAGAGAAACAAUGUAUCUUUACUUUUGUUACUUUACUGGGAAGUUAUAACGCUCCAUAAACAAUCAGUACAACUGCUCGUAAAACCAAACUAGAAUAUUUAUAGCCAUGUUUAUGAUGCCUUAUGAAGGCAUUAUAGUGUGUUCAUGAGUUUUCUAGACAUGGUGUUAUGUGGCAGCAGGGAGGCGGACCCAAGUGCAGAGAGGAAAACCCGGGCGAAAGGGUCUUAAAUGAAUUUAUUGAGGUGACGGAAUGUAAAUUUGGCAUUGUAAAUGUAAAUUUGCACAUUGGGGUUGAGGUGGCUAGAGCCAAGGUCAAGAGGACUUAUCACUGCGCCACCGGGAAGCGCAGACAAAACACCUCAAUGAAUAAUAAAAUAAUAAAAAAUAAAAAAAAGUGGGGAAAAGCAAACAAAGGGGACGCUGAAAGCAGCAUGCUCUAACAAAGGCAGAGUAUAAAUAAAACACUUCCUCUGUGAUUAUGAGAGGAAGAUCAAUUUGAUCUUUCACCGGUUUGUCUAAAUACCUACCUGGGCUAAAUACUGUAUCGGUCACCCUGUUUGCCACAGUCUUAAGUAGAAGAGUCCAUGGGUGUGCCAGGUUGGGCUUAAUCAGCCCAAAGGCUUCUCGGAAUUGGAGUUCCCUGAAAUUAUGGCAGCUCACCACCAUCGCCCUCUGUUGAUAGCCAGUGGUACUGGCUGGGCCCUUAUACAUGGUAUUCAUUGAAAGUGUUGCCAUCACUGUGUCAAACAAAAACAGCACACUAAAUAUUGUGAGGGUUUUGAUGAGCACUGUUUAUCCCAUCCAAACCAGACAAUGGCCAACAAAAUAUUUGAUUUCAGGUUGAUUUAUUUAUUUACUUAUUUCAUUUUUUUGGAUGUACAACAUCAGGAAAAAAUGCUUAUUUCCAGACAUUUCAUUCACUCAUCAUGUUCUCUCUUGCUCUCUGUCUCUCUCUCUCUCUCUCUCUCUCUCUCUUUUUUUUUUCUCUCUUUCUCUGACAUUAUAGUCUGCGUUUGGAAUAUCUCUUGUUCAUGGAAUGGGUGAAUGUGAAUUUCUGUACUGGAAUAAAGUUAUUCACUCCAUAUUA